AUGUCUAUCUCGGCCGUACUACAGGCUUGGAACACGUCCUGCGAUGUAGAUGAUUUUUCCUGUUUUUUGGACGCAGUUAAGGCUUACGUGAGCGCUGGAAACCGCAAAGAUGAAAUCUCGGGGACAUCAAAUGUAAAAACUCUCAAUUCGAUUCUUUGCGCUGCGUUUUCCGAUAACUACCCUCAGCCUGUUCAGCGAUGCAUAUUGGAUCUGAUUCAGCAUUUUGGCUCAAACACAUCUAUGCGAUACCGAUUGAUCACAUCGUUCUCCAUUCUGAAAAGCUUAGCUUUCGGACUAAUCUCCACCUCACCCGUUGGUACGGAUCAAGCGAGAUUGCUGGAACUUGUACAAUUGUAUACCAUCGAUUUACACCACUUGUGUGUUUCCCUCGAACCAGAGUUAUUUUCUUCCCUACUCAAGUUUGUCAUCCGAGUGAUUCGCCAGUCAAAGUCCGAUGAAUCACUCGAACCUGCACUUUGCAUUCUUGCAAGUUUGUCCCGGUUCUCCUCACUCAUUCAGCAAUGCUUGGCAAAAAAGGACGACUUCGAGGUGCUGCGAAAGACUUUACUGCACAUCAUGACCUCAGAUAGUGUUAGUCAGUCAUGCCUCGUGUGCUGCAUGGCAGUUCGUUUCUAUCUCUGGAAAGCAGCGGACAAAUUUUUCGAAGGAGUGCACGCACACAAGACUAUUCAGAUCCUCUUCAAUCUGCUGCUCAAUGGGGAAAUUAGUCUAUCCGGUAUUUGCGCUGGUGAAUUGCUUGCCGACUUAUGCUCUGAACCACAAGUAAUGGCGCAGCUGAGCAGCUUUCCAGGCUUGAAGAGCUGUUUACGCGAAGCCGUCGUUCAGUUACGAGCCAAGGACUCUGAACUGGUCCUAAAGCUUUUGCACUUGCUUCGUUGUUUGUUGAUGAACAAAACGGAUCACGACGUUGUUCACCUCCUUCGGACCAUGUUCUUCGAGUCUUGGGGCACAUCGGGAGCCAGUAAAGGCAAAGAAGAUGUUAGUGGUGAUGAUUCGCUGCGGCCGCUCAACACUUUAUUCGCUUUGGCCUCCGCAUCUGACGAUCUGGUUGCGUCCGCUGCUCUGGACUUUAUUCUACGAUUGAUAGAUACAGGAAAGGGAGGCGAGAUCUUUCAGAAGAAAAACACACCUACCUCAUCCACAAUCCUUGAAUGGCUUUUGGAUUUAGCGCUCACUGGCCUCCGAAAGAUUUGCGGCGCUGGUUGUGCUUCCUUCAGGCAGCUGCAAGAUGCCACCAACAAUGAUCACUCUCUCCUUUCCUCAAAAUUAUUACGCUUGACUCUGUUUAUUCGAUUACUGGAUUCCGUCCUCAUGUGCAUUCAAGAAAACCAAAGAGGUGACAGCGUUCUGAGUGGUUCAGAACAAAACAUCCUGGACCACUGCUGCUGCAUGAUGGAACUUCUUUUUAAAAUGAUAUUGGGUCAUUUCGAAGGCAAUCCACUUAUUGUAGCCCUGACCUCAGGAGCACAAUCGAAAGUGGACUCUCCUGAACCAAGAUCCUACAAAGCUGACCUAGAUUCAUGCCUACUUUCGGCGGAUGUGGCCAUCGAAGCAAUGGGCCUCGCGUACACAUGCGUUGAGGUAUUAACUGCGUUUGCUCCUGGUGCCUCUCAAGACGAUGAUGAAGUGUCCCUCACUCAGCCACGAGUUUCUGGAGCUGGCGAAGCAACUCCUAGGCCGUCACAAGAAUCGGUCAGAAAAUGUGGUCAGUCUUUACAAGAGCUCCUUGAGUGUCCAGAAACGCCUGGUUUGCUCGCGUUAGGUUUACUUACUUCGUCGGAUGCGGAUGCGGCUGCUUUAGACCCCCACGCGCUUGGUAUGGGUCAGGCAACACGAACAGCUGUUGUUCGAUUAUUGUCCGCUGCACUCCACUUGGACGGGUUCGAUAACACAAAAUUCGCUUCCCAACUCACACGUUUGCAGGCAGCGAACAAGAACCGGAACCAUUUGCUGGAUUCAUUUUAUAGUGAUUCGACAGAGGACUCUCGAUUGAGCUUCUCCUUUCUUUCUCAGUGGCUUCGUUUGUCCGCUGGUGGCGGACUGCACUGUGUCCAAUCGAGUCGGUGCACUCCCGCUGGUGCAUUUGACUCACCUCAACGUACGUCUCUCGUUCAGGGGGAAUUUGGACGCUUAGAACGAAAGGUUGACAAGUUCUUGAGUGAAAGAGAAGCACAAAUGGAUAAAGAGCGAACUGCGGAUCCCUCGGAUGUUAUCUCAGUUUUUGAGUUCAAAAUCAAGCUGCUUCAGAAUCGCGAGGAUGCCUUAGAAGCCAGCGCAUCCGCGAACGCUGAAGCUUUAUCUCAAUCGAAUCGCUUGUGCCAACAUUAUCGUGAGCGUGCAAUCGUGGCCGAGGCAGAAUCAAAACAACUAAGAAUCUUGCAGCUUGAUGCUGUGGCUCGAAUGGAAGUCGACGGACGCUCUCUGAAAUCGUUGCGCGACAACUUGAAAAAACAUGUUAACGAAAUCAAUGAACUCCGUGAAAAGUUAUCGCAUAAACAACAGGAGUGUCAAGAUCUGGUGCUCAGUACAGAGAACUUGCAGAAAAAACUGAAUGCAGCACGAGAACAAAACCGUGCUAUGGAUGCUACUAUUGAUGAUUAUCGAAGUCAGCUCGACCAAGCCAAGGAACAAAUCCAAGCUCAAUCGGCCCAGAUCACCAAGUUCACUCAGAUAACUCGAUUGAUCAAUGAUCUCACCGGAAAUCCCUCAGCCGAUGUAUCUACCGUCCAAGCCCAAAUGUCAGGCUCUAGGGAGGGUGGAUCUUGCCUAACGGACUGCGUCACCGGAGUUAGUCCUGAGGAGAAGAAAACACGUGCCAGCGUUGUCUCAGGAAAAAAACCACCCGCACGAAGCACCCGCCGCUGAAACGAACUUGCUCCGUGUACCUAUGUUUCGUCGUCAUCGCACUUGUAUAAAUGUACUCCAGAGUUGAAUUACGCCCGUCAACAUGUCUAGAAUGAGAAAUAAACACCUCACUUUGUGGCACAUCAAAGAAAGAUAGAACGAUGCGUGUAUUUAUAUUAUCACUCAAAAUCUGUUAGAUCUUUUCCGGCCCGUGUACUUUGAGUCAUUUGCCACCUCUUUCAUUUGCUUCCGUGCGCGUUCUUUUUUCUGCUUGAUCCACGCCACACUGUGUUUCGGGACCCUCUUCAGUUGUCGGGACUUGCGGACUUCCUCCAAUCUGCCUUGCAACACCCUGGUGGGGAUUGGGCCGUCAUCCGUGAGGGGUUGCGGACGGUCUCGAGAAAUACUGACGUCAAGAACCAGGAAGUAUCUGACCGAAAGAGUGUUAAGGAAAUAUUAUCAGAUGAUGUGGGAACGCCAUAUAAAUCGAGUGGAACAAGUGCAAAUACUCUGCAGGAUGAGGUACAAAGUGACUUCAACGAACUGCAGAAAAAUGGCGCGCCAGUAGCCAACACCUCACAAUCCUGUGCACACGCACUUUUUCCUUAUCAGUCUUAGUCAUCCAC